GGGGAGAGUCAUGUCUUUACGAUUGAACUACAUGGCUUAAUGACCUUGCCUUGAAUGAAGCUAGUGUAGAGGAUAUGUCACUCCAAACUGAGGCUUCGUGGACCAUGAGAUCUCCCAGUUGACGUGUGUGGGGAUGUGAAGUGCGAAUAUUGAUUUGUGUCCUGUGUGGCGAACGGUAUGGACACGAAGACGCAGAGCGAUUGGACUUCACGGGUGUAGUAUGGGUGGAUCGCCCACUCAGCCGAUUCCGCGCGUAUGUCGUCCUGGAACCCCCACCUCUGUGUUUCUUUCUGUUCGUUUUUGCGGAAACAGGCGACGUUGAUUACGCAUUUAUGUCAUGCUCCUGACGUUCAUUCACUCGCUAUGGAGAUAAAUGGAUUAUUUUAUGGGACAGUGCAGUUAAGUGUCUGAUAGAGAGCUGAUUGAAAUAUACAGUGUUGUGAAGAGUUCUGGUAGUGUUGUGUGUACCUCCACAUGCAGUUGCCAGGUCUGUACAAGCUCCGGGCGUCGCGCGAUGCAAGUCUGGCGGAGGAGACUUCAGCCAAACGUCCCUCAUGUCGGAGGUGCAAGGCUGGUUGUGAAGCAGACGAUACCAAGCGUAUACAGGAAGCGUCUGAGCGGCUCGGGGAUAGAUAUAUUAGAUGCGUUGCCCGCGACAGACAAGUAUUGACUGUAGUAGAGGCUGAAUUAACUGUAAACUCCCUCAGAGACAGACAUAUCCCACAGGCUUUUAUAUUCACCACAAAUGCAUUGUUUUCUUCUGUGGUGUAGCGUCGCGUUUACCCGUAGCAUUGAUCACCACGCGAGGGUAGUCAACCCAGGCUCUUCGACGGAGCCGGGGCUACAGAGAAGAGGCUCGGGACUGAAUCGAUUGGGGGAGGUGAUUUGACUCAGGUGCGUGAAAAUUGGAGAGGCCUGUUGUGUUAGCAUGAAAACAGUGCAUUGAUUAGACGGGAAGAUGAACAGAUGAAAUACGAGUGGUCAUACCAAGUCAAUGUCCCAGGGAUAGGCAUUUUUCAUUGACUUGUGUCUGCCGGACUACGCUUCCCGCCCGUGAUUGGAAGUAGCUCAUCCGUCACACGAACAGGUAAGCGGACGGACAAAAAGCCCGCGAGUGUGUCGUCUGCUAUCAGCUGUAGCAGCCGACGACAUGGGCAGAAGCAGACGAGCGUUGGUUCAGCACAUGUUUUUCUUGCACGUGUGUGUGGUCGUCCUGUUAUCCCAGUGUGCAUGUCUCUCAGAGAGAAAGUUGUCCGAGUUUGAGGAAGUUGUGAAGACGGUCCUCCAUUGUAGAAAUGUACCUGCUGCGUCGAUAUCACUUGUGCAAGAUGGGAAAGUGCUGAUGAAGAGAUCAUUUGGAAAGGCCGAUCCGGAGAAGAAUAUUCAUGCCAAGGAUGACACCCAGUUUUGCAUUGGAUCAUUAACGAAAGCAUUUACUUCAACGAUUUUGGCCAAGCUUGUAACGGAGCGAAAAAAUGUGACAUUCGACACUCCUAUUCGAGACAUCAUCGGCGACUCCUUCAAACUUUCCGACGAUGUCCGAACGAACCUCGUGAGUCUCCGUGACUUGCUGUCCCAUCGAGUUGGAGUACCGGCCUACUUCAAAGCUCUGGUCGUAGGAUUCCCGGAGAAUGUCGACAGAUCGGAAGUAGUGAGGAGGAUCCAGUACAUGCCGGCUACUGAACCCAUUAGGACCAAAUUCAUGUACAGCAACUACAUGUACACCCUAGCCGGCUACGUGGCCGAGCGGAUGACGGGGAAGUCGUGGGAGACGCUGGUGGAAGACUACAUCCUUAGACCCAUCCACAUGAGCAGCAGUGGAUUCAUCGACAGACUUUUCAAUUUCUCGAACAUGGCUUUACCAGUCGCCACCAAACACGGGAAAGUCACCAAUCUGGAUCCCAUGUUACUGCACGCUGUUCAUCCGUGCGGUCCAGCGGGGUCCUUGUAUUCCACAGCGGCGGACAUGGCCAAGUGGGUGCAGAUGCUUUUAAACAACGGCAAGUCCGAGCAGGGUGACCAGGUGUUUGACCCCCGUGUCAUAGCCGAGACCCAGGAGCCUGGUAUGGCUGCCCCGGUCCUUCAGGACAACCUCAAGCGACCAACGUUUCCUGUUGGAGAUGUCCAGAUGUACCAGACAUGUUUUAAACUGGUCUGGCACUCAGGAGGCAUCAUCACACACUCAUCGCGCCUCUGGCUCUUCCCAGACAAGAACGUCGGCAUAUACGCCGUGGUCAACGGCCCCCAAACGCACACCAAGUCUCUCGCCCUCAGGGCCAUCAUGAGCUACGCGGCUGACAUCCUGCUUGGAGAAGACCCUUGGCUCAACACAUCUACCAUCUGUUCCUACCCAGCUCCGUGGAAGGAAGCGUUCGAAUCCGCCAGCCCCCCUACCGUCACGGACACCACCGUCGUCACUGCCAGGCCAGCACAGGACUACGUGGGGUCGUACUACCACAGAGGGUUCGGUGAAAUACGGGUGGAGCUGAAGGAGGAUGGGGAAGACGCUCUGCGGAUGACCUUUGGGAGGUUUGGGAAACUGAACCUAUAUCCGCAGUCGGAGACAAUGUUUCACGGCCGCUUCUAUGGCCCGUUGUGGUUCAUGAGCGAUUCUGACGACCAGUUCCAGCCAGAGAUUGUGGAAUUCGUGAAAAAUAAAGACAACAGGAUAUCUGGUUUAAUAUACUCCAUAGAUACCGAGUACAACAGCACCAUGUUCAGCAAGGGGUCUUAUUACCCCUUGGAGAAGCUACAAACAUGGACGUUUGCUUGCCCACAAUCCUCCAUUUCAUCAGUGAGCAGGUUUUCUCGUGUACUUUUGAUCGUAACAAUCUUGACAAGUCUAUAUUUUUAUCCCAGACAGUGUGUUUGACCUGUGAGGUACCUAUCCCGAGGGGGUGGAUCAGGAGGGUCGAGGUAGGGAGGGGUUGGUGUGGUGGGUGUGGUCGAAACGAGUGUGGGAAUGGGGAUACAGAUGGGUAGCUUGGGAUUGGGAUGAGGUGAGAUGGAUUCAUAUGUGGAAUUGGCAUAAAAAUAGGGAUAGGCUGGAAUGAAGUCUGGAAAGGAUGGAGGACAUAAAUACGAGUUGCGUUGGAUUAGGAUGAGGAUAAGGAUAGGGAUUUGGUAAAAUAGGCUCAUAUGCUGGCACGCGGAUAAAGAUGGGAUGAUUGGGAUGGUUUCAGAUGCAGGAAUGGCAUAAAUGGGGAUAGGGUGAUAUGAGAAUCAGAAAUGAUGGAGGAAACAAAGAUG